AGGCGGAGGUAGCUUUCGUAGACAGGCGUCGCGCAAAUGUGGCCGUCAAACGCAGAAACCGUGAGGUGAUGUCACCUUGUCAGCUGCAUCAGAGUCAUGUGACAUGAAAACGGAACAUGAUGGUGAUGCGGGGCCGGCUGAAGGGAGCCCAGAAGGGACACAGCCUGCUGAAGAAGAAGGCUGAUGCCCUCACCCUCAGAUUCCGGCAGAUCCUUGCCAAGAUUAUAGAUACGAAGAUGCUGAUGGGGGAGGUGAUGAAAGAUGCUGCCUUCUCAUUGGCUGAAGCCAAGUUCAUUAUUGGAGAUGUGAAUCAGAUAGUUCUACAGAAUGUAACCAAGGCUCAGACAAAAGUCAGAUUCAAGAAGGACAAUGUUGCAGGUGUGUCCCUGCCGGUGUUCGAGCACUACGCAGACGGAAGCGACACUUAUGAGCUGGCGGGGCUGUCCCGAGGUGGACAGCAGGUGGCCAAGCUGAAGAAGAACUAUGGGAAGGCAGUGGAACUGCUGGUGGACCUGGCCUCGCUGCAGACAGCCUUCAUCACGCUGGAUGAGGUCAUCAAGAUCACCAACAGAAGAGUCAACGCCAUCGAGCAUGUGAUCAUCCCAAGGAUUGAGAACACCCUGUCCUACAUUGUCUCUGAGCUGGACGAGAGGGAGAGAGAAGAGUUCUACAGGUUAAGAAAUCCAGGAGAAGAAGAAGAUAAUCCGUGAGAAGGCAGAGAAGCGGAUUGCUGCUCAAAGAGCACAAGGGGAGUACAAGGAGCCAGCCAAUUUACUAGAGGAAGAGCAUGAUUCAGACUUGCUGUUUGAAACAUAAAAUACCCCUCCGACAUAGUAACAGUGUUAAGGACCACAACAAGGGAAGUGGGAAUGUCAUGACAACAUAGGUAAAGCAAAUCCUGCCUGUUGAGUUGGGUCAUUGCCAGACUGGCAUGACACUGGACAUGCACAUGUAGUUAUGGAUGUUUCUGUACUGCAUUAAAUAUACAAGUAUGUAUAUUGAGUCCCUUCCUGCCAAUUGUAGCAAGUGUCAGGUAAUAGUAGCACUAAGUAGUGUGUAUAUGUUACAUGUAUGUAACAAUGGAUGUGAAUUUGGGUAAUGGUAUCAAUGAAAGCAGUGGUACUUACAUCUGUAGCAGUCAUAUUAGUCAGUGGUCUAACUGCCAUUCUGUGUCACAAAUCAGCACUAGCUAGUUACUAGUAUACAAUGUCAGCUGACAUCACACCUAAGCCAGUAACAUAUGUAUGUGCUAUGACUGGUAUCGGUAGCAAUAGUGGAUGUAAGAAUGAUUAUAAUAUCGGACAACAGUUGUAUCAGUAAAUGUAAAGGUGUAUAUUUAUGAACAUGUUGUGCAAAAUGAAGACCACAUUGUUUUAACAGACCAACACUUGUGAACAAGUCUUGCUGUUUCCUUUGACUUCUUGUACAGUGUAUGGAAAUUGUACUAAUACAAUAGUAGUACUAUAAAAUGAAGAGUUAUUAAUGAAAAAAUAUAUUAUAUGCCUGCAGCAUUAUUAUGAUGAAUUAUAACCAAUAUGACAA